UAUAUAUAGAAAGCUUAAUAAGUGAUUCUAUUGCUCUCAACCAUAAAAAAUCAGCUCUAAUGGCAGAACUGAGAAAGCUUGUUUUUAGAUCAAUAACAGUCAUUUGCAUUGGGUAUAUAAUACUCUGUUUUCUGAAUAAAUCAACCGAUUCAUAUACUUAUCACGUUAAUCCAUCCAUUCAGCUGAAUGAUCAACUUAUUACAAAUAAGAUAUAUGGAAAGUUAGAAAAGAUUGAUUUAAUGAAUUACAGUGGUCCUGAAAGUUUAAUUUACCAUGAUGGUUCAUUGUAUGCCACAGUGAUUCAAGGGAAAAUAUUAAAAAUAAAUGAUUCUAGGAUUUAUGUUCAUGCAACACUUGGUUCACCAAACUGCGUUGGUGUACAUGAAUGUGGUAGACCAUUAGGUUUAAAAUUGUUCAACAAUUCGGAGAAUUUCUUGGUCACGGAUGCCUAUUUAGGUGUAUUCUCUGUCUCGGUAAAAGAUGGUAGUGUGAAAAAAUUGUUCCCCUUAGAUGAAGAUUUCAAAGUUACAUUUUUUGAUGAUUCAGUAAUGUUACCGAACGGUAGUCUUGUUAUUACUGAAGCUAGUACAGAAAAUACCUUACAACAUUUAUGGACAACGAUUUUAGAGGGACUACCUAGUGGGAGGUUAACAAUGGCUGAUACAAAAACUGGUCAAUACAGUCACAUAAUGGAUGGUUUACGCUUUCCCAACGGAAUCGAAAUUUCUAGUGACAGAAAAUCCAUAUUACUCGUUGAAACAAUGAAACUUCAAAUUCUACGAAUUCCAUUAGAUGGAGGUGAAGUGACCGUGUUCAGUGAUGGGCUACCUGGUUUUCCGGAUAAUAUCAAAGCCAGUCCACGUGGUGGAUAUUGGGUCCCUGUAUCACCUCUUCGUGACGAGCCUCUAUCUGAACUUCUACUCAACUAUCUACCAGCUUAUCCUUUUAUUCGUCAGUUGGCUUCCAGUGUACGGUUAAUAAUCUUCCUACAUUUUUAUACUCAAUAUUUUUCAUCUUAUUGUCACUCCAUUUUUGAAUUCUUUGGCAGUCGAGUAUUAAACCAAUAACAGUGUAUGUGGACAUUUUCAACUUCAACCAACUAAUGACAUGGCAUUACAAUUACAUAAUGGCAUUGAGAAAGACUGUCUCACUGCCGGCAUGGUUGACUUCCACCGGUCUUGAAUCCCAAUAAAAUCUACUGAACUCAUUUCAGAGAAAAUGAAUAGGGGUCAAACGAUUCUAUAUCGCUGCUUUAGCAAGAGCAAAAACUGAGGGGUUCCGCACUGCAACGGAACAACCGAAAAAUGUUCCCUGAUUUUCAUCGAUACCUUAACUAAUGUAGAUCUGUAGCUGUAUCUAAUCACGAAUUGAAAUGAACUUCGCAAUACCUUCAAAAUGAAUUAUGAUACAGAUUAUCUCGAUGCUUCCAUUCCCACUAAUACCGAAAGGAAAAUCAUCAAUGUUAAUUCGUUUAGAUGAAAAUGGACAGGUAAUUGAAAUUUGGAAAGAUUUUCAAAAUGAAUUACCAAAUGCUUGUGAAGUACUAGAACAUGAUGAUACUUUAUACACUGGAAGCUUUUAUCUACCUUACAUUGGUCGUUUAAGAAGAUUGUCAAAUUAAUUUUUAUGAAAUUAGUUUCAGAAGAUGAAUACUGUGUAAUUUGAUGUUGUUGUUGUUGUUGUUGUUGUUGUUAUUUAUUCAGCACAUUGAUGAUAAAUACUUUCCACGUUUUGAUUUGACUUAUCUUUAAAACAUUCAUCAAUAUCUUGUUUUCUUAUGUUUUUUUUCGUUGUUGUUGUCACUGUUGGUAGUUUGACUUAGUUAUUUCUCAAUAUUUAAUUAUUCUGUACUAAUUGUGUAAUGUGUGAAUUACUUAAUCAAUAAUAAAUGACACAAUGCCAUUUACAUUUAUUGAAUCAAUCAGAUCAUCUUUUAAUUAUCUAUCUAUAAAUCAGUUAGCUAAAUUCGUGAAUUGAUAUUAUUGUGCAUGUUAACUUGCUUAUGUUACGUAAUACUUGUGGUUAUUAUAAAACCUUGAUAAAAAGAAAAUGAUACAAGUGUA